GGAAGUGGAAGGCUGUGGAAAUGGGAGAAUGACGCAACACUCCCAACAGAGGGCACAUUGCAUCAUGAUUCAUGGACGACUAGCCAGGUAGGGGCGCUGUUGAGGACGUCUUUGGAAGGAAGAGCGGGCUAGGUGCAUCACUAAAGAACUUCAGGGAGUGGGAUUCCGGGUUAAAAGAGAAGGCUGAUGCUCUUUCUGGCUAGUGCUGCUCAAAUGCCAGAGAGUUCGUCGUUGGCUAGUCGCAGGUGCACAUAACCACUGCGUUGCUGCUUCUUCUCCUGGUUUUUGCUCGCUCGGGGGGCAGAGUGUAAGAUCUAGAAAAAGAACACGAUGGGGGACGAAGUGGAGAAUGGGGUCCGAGUGGUAGACGUUGGGGAUGCAGAAGCAGGGGGGAUACCGAGAAACGUGUCGGAGAUGUCGUUCGAGCAGAAAAAGCAGUACAAUCUGAGCAUCUCAGGCCUCACUUACAAGGUCGUGACUAAGGCCAAGAAGAAGGGCGAAGAGGCCACCACCAAGGUGCUCCUCAACAACAUCGAUGCGGAGGCGCGAGCGGGGGAAAUCUUGGCGGUGGUCGGCCCAUCGGGAGCCGGAAAGAGUACCUUUUUGGACGCUAUCGCUGGAAGGAUCAACCCGCAGAGCCUGGAGGGCCAGAUCCUGGCGAACCAGAAGCCCCUGGGGAGCGACUUCAAGCGCAUCUCGGGGUACGUGAUGCAGGACGACCAGCUGUUCCCGCGGCUGACGGUGCGCGAGACGCUCAUGUUCAGCGCGCGGCUGCGGCUGCCGGGGACGAUGAGCCACAAGGAGAAGCAGGACCGGGUGGAGGAGAUGAUCCAGGUGCUGGGGCUCAAGUCGUGCGCAGAGACUAGGAUUGGGGAUGACGAGGUGCGAGGCAUCUCAGGCGGGGAGAAGCGGCGCACGUCCAUUGGGGUGGACCUGAUCCAUGACCCGCCCGUGCUAUUCCUUGACGAGCCUACUUCGGGCCUCGACAGUACCAGUGCACUCAACGUGGUGCAGAUUCUCCACAACAUCGCCUCCACCAGGCUGCGCACCAUUGUGUUGACGAUUCACCAGCCAAGCUUCCGCGUGUUGGAGCUGAUCCACAGCUUCCUGGUGCUGGCACGUGGCAACGUGAUCUACCACGGCAGCUACGCCAGCAUGCCGGGCUACUUCGAGGAGUUUGGGCGCCACGUGCCUGAUGACGUCAACGUGCUCGAGUACACGCUGGACGCGAUCGAGGAGCUGCAGAACUCGGAGGAGGGCCUCCAGCCGCUGCUGACGUUUGCGGAGGCGAAGAACAAGUCGGUGGGCGGCCGCACCCUGGCGCAGCUCAAGAGCAACAUGACGCUCGCCGGCGAGCCGAUCGACUUUGCGUCGGGCUUCCCCGCGGAGACGGCGACGCUGAUCGACCGCAACGCGCGCAACAUCCUGCGCACGCCGGAGCUGCUCAUCUGGCGGCUCGUGCUGCAGGUCAUCGUGGCGCUGACGCUCGGCAGCCUCUUCUUUAACGUCGGGGACACCCCCAAGGGUGUCCAGCAGCGCGCCUCCACCUUCGCGUUCACGCUGGCCUUUUACCUCUUCACAGCCACCGAAGCGCUUCCCAUCUUCCUAAAGGAGCGCCAGAUCUUCAUCCGUGAGACGUCCCGGGGCGCCUACCGGACGAGUUCAUACGUGAUCGCCAACUUCCUGGUGUCCCUUCCCUUCUACAUGCUGCAGGUGUUGCUGUUCCAGAUCAUCGCGUACUGGAUGGUGGGCCUGGCGCCCACCGCGGGCGGCUUCUUCUACAGCAUCCUUAUCCUGUUCCUGACGCUGACGCUGGCCAACGCGUACGUCAACUUCUGGAGCGCCAUCGUGCCCAACUUCAUCGCGGGCAACACCAUCGUCACGGCCACCACCUCCUUCUUCUUCCUCUUCUCAGGUUUCUUCGUGCCAAAGGCCAAGAUUCCCGGAUACUGGAUCUGGCUACACUACCUGUCCAACUUCAAGUACCCGCUGGACGGCCUCCUCGUGAACGAGUACACCGCUCGCCCCGCCGACACGUGCUUCGCGCCGCUGACCAACGGCACGUGCGUCGCGACCAACAACCCGACGCACCCCGCGACGCGCGACGACGUGCUGUCCAAGUACAGUGCCAAGCUGGGGUCCAUGUGGUGGCCGGAUUUUACGGUGCUGCUCAUCCUCAUCAUGGGCUACCGCGUGUUCUUUUAUUUUGCGCUGCGCAUGCAAAGCAAGCAGACGCGCAAGUGAGGGGGUUGGUGUGGGGUUGUGAAUGCCGCGAAGGCGCAAGUGAGGGGGUUUGGUAUGGGUUGUGAAUGCCGCGAAGGCGCAAGUGAGGGGGUUUGGUAUGGUUUGUGAAUGCCGCGAAGGUGCGUUCUGUAAAAAGAACGGGGGAAUAGGGGCGGAUGCUGAGUAGGCCACGCACGGAGCUAUCGUAAUUGUGGGGGCUGCAUUCAUUGUGCUGUUGACUUAGCAGCCCCCGUGUUCGGAGUUGCUCGUCUUGUAAAGUCCAUUGGUUGGGUUGUGUAGUCCCUCAGGACUCUGAUAAAAAUAAGCUCGGUAAGCGUUUUCUCAUAGAUUGAAUCGAAUUCGUUCAAGUUGGUCCGACAAACACUGCUGACUGGAGCUGACAGUGAGAUUAUAGUACAAGCACAGCGCGUGCAGUACAGUAUACGUGGUCAUGUAUUAAUUGUAGACACAUUCAACAUCUGCUGAGGGUUGGUCGCUAGUUUGAGAACGCCAUAAUGAACUCGAUCGAGUGUACAUUCAGCAUUUAGUAUCAUCCAAGCCUCCGACCGCG